CCGUGUGGUGGUUGCUGCUGCCUUCACAUAUAACAACAUAAAAUAUUAAACUUAUAAUACCCAUAAGAGAAAAACUAGUGUGUCUUAUAUGUUUGUAUGGAUUAUAACCACAGCUGCACGUUUGUGUUAACACUUUAGUUUUAAAAUGGCGGAUGAAAGCGUGUGUAAACUCUUAAUCAAGCUGACCCAGGAUGGACAUUUGUGUAAGAUUAAAAAGCAAAUAGAGGCGACGAGCGAAAUCAAACAGAUAAUUUUAAAUGCACAUUUGGGGAAAUCUGGAGACACUCUGUUACAUUACGCUGCACGACAUGGACAUUUAGACGUCGUGAAGUAUUUUGUUGAGGACCUGAAUAUGGACGUCGAGCUUUACAAUAACGACUACAAGCGCGCUUUACACGAAGCUUCUUCCAUGAGUCAUGAGCAAUGUGUUCGCUAUCUUAUCGAGAGAGGUGCAAAAAUUGACUGUCUGAAGAAGGCAGACUGGACUCCUCUUAUGAUGGCCUGCACACGCCAUAACCUUGAAGUUAUCAAAGUGCUUCUGGACCAUGGUGCCGACUUGUCUCUGCAGAAUAAAGACGGCUGGAACUCGUUCCACAUUGCAUGCCGAGAAGGCGAUCCUUCCGUGAUAUCGCACCUUCUGCACACCAGGCCGGAAGUCUGGAGGACAGAGAGCAAGACACGUCGGACUCCUCUACAUACCGCUGCUAUGCAUGGCUGUCUGGAUGUUGUCAAGAUUCUUCUUGAGAGAUGUGAUUAUAAGCCUGAUGAAAGAGACAGCUGUGGAGUUACACCAUUUAUGGACGCAGUGAGAAAUGGACAUCUGUGUGUAGCCAAACUGCUGCUGGAGAAACAUCAGGCUUGUCCAAAUGCAGUAGAUAUUCUGGGAACGCAGCCACUACACCAGGCCUCUGUAACAGCCCAAGAAGAGGCACUGCGAUUCCUCGUACACGAGCUUGGCAUCGAUGCGAAUAUACGAGCUACAGCGAUGGAGCUUACAGCUCUUCAUUAUGCUGCCAAGGAAGGACACACGGACACCAUAAAAACCCUGCUGCAGUUAGGUGCUGAUCUUCACGCAAGGGAUAAGAAAGGACGGUCAGCUUUACACAUGGCGUGCAUCGGCCAGCAUGCGAUCACAGCUCGGACUCUGUUGCAGCUCGGACUCACAGAUACAGCGGACAGCACGGGCACUACAGCUAGACAACAUGCCAAGAAACCAGACAUAACCAGAGUGUUUGAGACACCGGUGGAGCCAGAACCUUAAAAAAAAUCUAUGCAGAUUAAUUGUAUUGUAUUAUAAUUCUACAGAAAUUCUGUACAAAUGCAUUUAAAAUGAAUGAAGCACUUUUUGUUUGGAGUUUGGUGGAAAAUCAUUUUUAAAGGAGCUCUUUCAGAGGAAGAUAAUGCUGAAUAAAAUAUGAAUAAAAUAUAGUCAUA